GGGGGCAGGACUUCAGAUUCUAGAGAGCAUUUGAUUGGACAGAAGUUUUCCAUUUUAGCUUAAGUUUUGAAUGCUUAUAUCUCCUAAAUGUGAAUUUUGUCAUUGUUUUGGAACACACUAGCUUUUUCAUAACUUUAUAUUCAUACUAAAAGCUAAAAAACUGAAAUUUUGAUUUCAGGGGGACUUUAAAAGGUACUAAAAUGUACACUUUAUGUACUAUUAUAGGCAUUAGCAACCUUUAAGGCAUUCAUUUGCACCCUUCAGGGGUUAAAAAAGGUGUAUCAUUUGAAAAGAUACCACCCCAGUGACAGCUUUUGUACCUUUUUUUUUCUGAGAGUGUACUGUAGAAAUCUAAUUUCAAGCAUUUAAGCAUAAAUCUUCAGAACAGAACGUUUUAUUUAUUAUUUUUAAACUUAAUUAACAAAAUGUCCCAGCUUUUGACCGGUAAUGUGAGCACUGUGUCUGCAGUGAACAUACACCAUUAUUUAUGCGGAUGACUGCUUUGAGCUUGAGUAUAUCCUGCUCAGAGCUUUGAUUAAUGUAAUUGGGUCACUGGGGUGCCGUUGUGUCUUUGAAUCUUCAUUUCCAGCUUUGAUUCUGCCGCUGUAUCUGUGGCAUGCGGUGCUCUGACAGCAUACCUUCACCUCAGACAGGUGUUUGUUCCCAUAGAGAGCGGUCAGGGGAGUUUAACAGGUGUAGUCUCAGCCCACAUUUUCUUUCACUCUCUCUCUUUCUGUUUCACCACACUUCUCUUUCAGUCUCACUCGUACAGGUGAUGUGAGUCACUGCAGGAUUCGCAUUAAAGCUCCAGAUCUAAGUGUCAUGCUGGGCUGAGACAUCAUGACCUGGACAAACCCUCUGACCCUUCUUCGGCAGGGCUGGGCGAGGCACAGGGACCGGGACAGACCCGUCAGGACGGUGGUCUCCAACCUGCCCUUUGAAGAUCUGAAGAAACGUGACCAGCCGAACCGCCAGUAUGAGGGCAACGCGAUCAAAACAAACAAAUACAGACUUUGGUCUUUCAUCCCCAUGAACUUAUUUGAGCAGUUCCACCGUAUGGCCAACAUUUAUUUUGUGGGCCUGGCCAUCUUGAAUUUCGUCCCAGUGGUCAAUGCGUUCCAGCCGGAGGUGGCUCUCAUUCCCAUUUGUGUCAUCCUGGCACUGACCGCUGUCAAGGAUGGCUGGGAGGAUUUCCGGAGGUAUCAGAGUGACCAGCAGCUCAACAAUAUGCCUUGCUUCAUAUUCAGCAGGAAACAGAUGUGCUUCGUGGAGAGGAGGUGGAAGGAUGUUCGGGUGGGGGAUUUUGUGAGAGUGCUCUCUAACCAGAUCAUCCCAGCUGACAUCCUGCUCCUGCACACGUCUGACCCUAAUGGAGUGUGCCAUAUGGAAACAGCCAAUCUGGAUGGAGAGACCAACCUCAAACAGAGGAGGGUGGUGCCAGGCUUUUCUACUCUGGGUGAACCAUUUCAACCUCAAACAUUUGACAGUACUGUAGUGUGUGAAAACCCCAACAACAACCUCAACCUGUUCAAAGGUUAUGUGGAGAGGCCUGAUAAGAGGAGAACGGGCUUCGGCAUCGAUAGUCUUCUGCUGCGCGGGUGCACAGUGAGAAAUACUGAUGACGCAGCUGGAAUAGUGGUGUACGCAGGACAGGAGACCAAAUCCAUGUUAAACAACAGCGGACCCAGGUACAAACGCAGCAAGAUCGAGAGGAAGAUGAAUACGGAUGUUCUCUUCUGUGUGGUUCUUCUAUUUUUCAUGUGUCUCAUCGGAGCCCUGGGCCAUUCUAUCUGGUUGGAAACUUUUACCACUAUGCCCUCAUACAUCGUCCCUGACAGUAAUGGAAAUUACACCCCUUCAGUGUUAGCAGGAUUUUACAUGUUCUUCACAAUGAUCAUCUUACUGCAGGUGAUGAUUCCUGUGUCAUUGUAUGUGUCGAUUGAGCUGGUGAAGAUGGGGCAGAUCUACUUCAUCACUCAGGACGUGGAGCUUUACGAUGAGGAGCUGGACAGUCGGGUCCAGUGUCGUGCUCUGAACAUCACAGAGGACUUGGGACAAAUCCAGUACGUCUUCUCAGAUAAGACAGGGACGCUUACAGAAAACAAGAUGGUAUUCAGGCGCUGCACCAUCAUGGGGACUGAAUACUGUCACGAUGAGAACGCUGCUCGCUUGGCGGUUGUCAAUGGAGCAAAUGAGGAGGAGGUCACUAUCUUCCAACAGACAAAGCUUCCUCCUCUCUUCCCUCUGGAAGAAAUACAGGACUGCCACACGGGAGACAGAAAUCACGCCAACACUCAAGUCACAGCUGCCAAUCGACGCAGAUCAAAAGUGGCGGCGGGAGCCCAAAGUGACAUGGCCUUCAGCAGUCCUCUGGAAACGGUGGUGGUUCCAGACAGGAAGCUGAUGCUGGAGGUGGACCGUCAGAUGGCGAGCAUCCAGAAGGGACCCUACCUGGACUUUUUUUUGGCUUUGGCCAUCUGCAACACAGUGGUGGUUUCCACAGUGACGGCCCAGAGACAGAGGGUCAAAGGGCGCCGUACCUCUGCAUACUCAGGUGGUUCAUUUCAUAACAUGGGACAAUGGUUCAGAAAGGGUUCUCUGCGGAAAGUCUUCAGCUCCAUGAAGUUCUUCAGGAGAGGCGGGGACACGCUCGCAGAUCCGUUCGCCAAAGAUGAAGACGAGCCCGACAUGUUUCACAGCUCGGACGUCUCCUACUCAACCACAGGGCAGAAGGUCAUUUCAAGUGAGAGCGAGUUUAAACUCAGGUCGGAGGAGGUGUGUUUUGAAGCCCACAGCCCAGAUGAGGCCGCUCUGAUACAUGCAGCAAAGGCUUAUGGGUUCACCAUGGUGGAACGCACUCCUCAUUACGUCACUGUCAAGCUGCCUGAUGAUUCGCUGCUGAAGUUUGAGGUGCUGGACGUCCUGACCUUCGACUCGACGCGGAGGAGGAUGUCCAUAAUAGUACGACAUCCACACACCAAUGAAAUCAUCAUGUAUACUAAAGGAGCUGAUUCAGCCAUCAUGGAGAGACUGGGGAAUGUGUUUUCAGAUAUGUCACAGGUGGAUAGUGUGGCGAAGCAAAUUGCUGUAAGAACUCAAAAAGACCUCGACAUGUACGCCAGGGAUGGAUUACGGACGCUGUGCUUUGCCAAAAAGGUUAUCAGUGAAAAUGAGUUCAAGGCCUGGUUUGCUAUCAGACAGGAGGCGCUGGCAGCCAUCGAUGAGAAAGAAGAGCGUCUCAUGGACACUGCAACCUACAUCGAGAACAACUUCACUCUGCUGGGGGCCACUGGCAUUGAGGACCGUCUCCAAGAAAAUGUCCCAGAAACCAUCCAGGCUCUGAGACGGGCUGGCAUGCAGGUGUGGGUGCUGACAGGGGACAAACCCGAGACGGCCAUCAACAUCGCAUACUCCUGCAAGCUGCUGGACCAUGAAGACCUGGUGUUCAUCUUCAGCACAAACAGGAAGUCUGUGUGUAAAAUGAGGAUAGAAGACACACUGGGCGAGGUGCGACGGAGUUCCCGCUCAUCCGGAGCGGAAGCCCAGUCCAGGGGUUAUAUUCAGCUGGUGAUCGAUGGACCGACUCUGAGCAUGGCCAUGUCAGACGACCUGGUGGAGCAGUUUGUGGAGCUUUGCAAACACUGUCGGGCGGUGCUUUGCUGUAGAGUGACGCCGCUGCAGAAGAGCAGUGUGGUCAAACUCAUACGGCAGAAACUGAGGGUCAUGACCCUCGCUGUAGGUGACGGCGCCAAUGAUGUGAACAUGAUUCAAGCUGCAGACGUUGGCAUUGGCGUUUCUGGACAGGAGGGAAUGCAGGCCGUCAUGGCCAGUGAUUUUGCCAUCACACGCUUUAAACACCUGCAAAGACUGUUGCUGGUUCACGGACACUGGUGCUACUCAAGGCUGGCCAACAUGGUCAUCUAUUUCUUCUACAAGAAUGUGGCAUAUGUGAAUCUGCUGUUCUGGUAUCAGUUCUUCUGCGGCUUCUCUGCCACGGCCAUGAUCGACUACUGGCUCAUGAUAUUUUUCAACCUGAUCUUCACCUCGGCUCCUCCCAUCAUGUUUGGGAUAAUGGACAAAGAGGUGUCAGACUCCACUUUACUGAGCCUGCCUGAGCUCUAUAAGAGAGGACAGCACUCGGAGACAUACAACGGUUCAGACAUCGGCAUAUUCUCGUUCGGCACUCCCAUGAACACGGUCUCUCUGUUCACCAUCAUCCUGCAUCUGGCCAUUGAGAUCAAGAGCUGGACGGCGGUGCAUUGGGUGAUCAUGGUCGGCAGUGUGCUGGUGUACUUCAUCGUGACUCUGGCCUACAGCGCCAUCUGUGUCAGCUGCAACCCUCCCUCCGACCCCUACUGGAUCAUGCACAAACAAAUGGCCGAUCCCAUGUUUUACCUCGUCUGCAUUUUAACAACUGUUGUUGCUUUAUUGCCAAGGUACACCUUGCAUGUCCUAAGGGGAUCGCUGGCACCCUCCCCUCACCUCCGCGCGCGGCAGCUAGAGCGGCUCCCCCCCUCCUAUCGGGAGCAGCGGAUCAGAGAGUGGCGUGGUCUCCGAGACACGUGUAUUCCUCCUUCCCUCAGAUCCCAGGAACACAGCUCCUCUGCCUGCCCCAGUGCAUAAAGUACACAGUCCGGCACAUGUACAGAGAACGACAAUGCCGCAAAGCUUGAAUUUUUCAAACCCGAUAUUUAUGUUUUGCACACACGGAUGCGCAUAUGCACUCCAAGGAAUGAAGCUGUGCUUUUCUAUUUUGAAUGUGCUCAAACCAUUUGCAUGAACUUCACAUGUUUCUGCGCGGCUCAGUUCACACUUGAUCAAUACAUGCGUGGCGUGAAUGAAUGUAAUCUGUUGGGUGGAGGAUGCAGCUGAGCCUUUUCUCUUCCUGUUGUCAUGUGGACCACAUUUGUAUGCAUUUGCGCUUUGAGCUGCUCAUGCAAUAAUUGAGGUUUGCAGAUGUUACAUAAUAUCUUGGUUCAUAUAUUCAGAGCUUGUUGUGCAUGCUGACAGAAAUACAAGCACCACAGUGCGAUUAAGGAGGCUGGAUCUUCUUCUUAAUUCCUAAUAAAUUUAUUGGCUCCUAAA